AUGUCGAAAGAAAUUGAGUACUGGCUGAAGAAAGGAGGAAAAGAAAAUGUGACAGAAGAUGACUUCGAGCCAGCUCAAGGUAGUCGCGGAAGAACUACGACGAAAACAAGUGCUUCCAGAACAAGAAGUACUACUAGAUCUAGCGGCGCUUCAACAGGAGCAUCCAGCGGAAGAACAAGAAGUGGAACUAUGACUGGUGGAAAUGGCACUACGAUGACGGCUACAAGCGGAAGCUUCAGGAAAAUCCAAAAACUAUUGGAUAAUUGCGAAGGCAACGGUGACCUUUACGCAGAAUGUGGUUGUUUUCCCUACUUUAUGGUGUUUUUAUCCUUAGCCAUUGCUGGAACAUUGGCUGCAUUAACGGUCGCUAUCGAUUUCAAGCGUUUGCCUAUCUGA